AUGUGCGUUGUACGUGUUGAUAACACCCAGUUUAGUUGCAUUAAUCGGGCGUGUGCAGAAAUACCGCACAUUAUUAUGGCUGGAGGACGCAAUUCUUCUACAAAUAAGAAGCAUAGCAAAUUUGGAGGAAAGACUCAAUAUAAAAGCGAAGAACAAAAAAGAGGUGAAGAGAAGAAAAAUGAAACAAUAAAAAAAGAAAAUGCCAACCAAAAAGAAUCCUCAGGUCUUAAAUAUGAAAAUAAAAAGAAAGAUCAGAUUGAAAACGCUGAGCCUCUAAGAGUAACAGAAAAAGAAGAAAAUAAAACAGUUGAUAGAAGCUGUCACGAUUCAGCAACAGAUUAUAGUCAAGUUAAACCUUGUCAAAAUGAAAUAGAACUGAAGAAAGAAGUUAGCGACACGCAAACAGAUGUUACUGAUAAUAAAGAAAAUAGGGAAUUAGAAAUUGAUGCUGAGAGGAAUGAGCAAAUAGACGAUCCUCGACGCACUAAUGUAACAAACUCAGUAUUCCCGAAUCAUCUAGACCAAGAAAGGGGUGAUGAAACAGUACCUCCUGCUACACCAGCUGUUCAAAGUCAUUCAAUUAACGAUGUAGAUGAUGAAAGUAAAGUAAGUGAUGAAUUAAAAUAUAUGCGCAAAAACGAUCAAAGUGAAGAGGUACCGGAUGAUGAUAAAGCUGACACAAAUAUGACACUUGACGAUAAGAAGAUAUCAGAUGAUCAACUAAAUCCCCAAGAGAUCAAGCCAGAACAACCUAUAAAAAAAGAAAAUGCCAACCAAAGAGAAUCAUCAAGUCUUAAAUGUGAAAAUAAAAGGAAAGAUCAGAUUGAAAACGCUGAGCCUAUAGAAGUAACAGAAAGAGACGAAAAUAAAACAGUUGAUAGAAGCUGUCACGAUUCAGAAACAGAUAAUAAUCAAGUUAAACCUUGUCAAAAUGAAAUAGAACUGAAGGAAGAAGUUUGCAACACGCAAACAGAUGUUACUGAUGAUAAAGAAAAUAGUAAAUUAGAAAUUGAUGCUGAGAGGAAUGAGCAAAUAGACGAUCCUCGACGCACUAAUGUAACAAAGUCAGUAUUCCAGAAUCAUAUAGACCAAGAAAGGGGUGAUGAAACAGUACAUCCCCAGAAAGAUGGAACACAUAAAUGUAUUCAGAAUUAUUUAAGGGAUCAAAAUAUUGAAUAUCUGAGAGAUCUUUUCAGACCUCUCAUUUUAGAAGCUUUGCAAAAUAUCAUACCCAGUUAUUCUCAAAAUGCAAAAGGACUGGAAAAAAAACCGUCUGAACCAGUUGUCGACAAAACAAAUAACAUCAAAGAUAUGAAAGACCAACUACAAAAUAAGCGAGAACCCAGUGAUCAACCUCAGAAUGAGAACAAAGCAACUGAACGACUUCAGAAUACGAAAGAACGAAAUGAUCACUUUCAGGAUGAUAAAGAACCAAACGAUCAAUGUCAGUCUAAACAAGUUCCAACUGAGCAAUUUCAGAAUGAGAAGAAAACAUUUGAUCAAUUUCAAAAGCCGAAAGAAGAAGUUGUACAGAAUAUCAUAGUCAGUAGUCCUCAAAAUGCAAAAGGCCUUGAAAAAGAAUUGUCACAAACAAUCGGCGACAAAUCAAAUGGUAUUAAAGAACUGAACGAUCAACUGCAGAAUGGGGAACUGAAGAAUGGGGAGCCAAUGAGGGAUGACCAACUUCAAACACCCAAAGAAAUCAAGCCAAUUAGAUUCAUGCAGAAACCUGAAGAUGGUGAGAUAUUAUACGCAGAAGAUUUACAAAUCUUUAUUCAAUCUAUUGUCCCUGAAUUGAUACAAAUCCUUGAGAAGAUGUUCUCUCAUCGUAGACGUAGUUCAGGUGCACUUAAAAGUGAAACUAAAAGUUCUUUAGCUGAAGACUCACAGAUUCCAUCAAAUGAGCUUGAUGUCCAUUCCCUGUUUAAUCCGAAUAUAGAAAUUAUUACUACCGAUAUUCCUAACUUUGAGUGUACGAGAAUCGAGGAAUCUGAUAAAGUUAAAGGACAUGAUGAAGUAAUAUCGACAGACCCGACUGGAAUUCAAAUCAAAAAGUCUCAGGUCGUAGAUCAACAAAACAGAGAACUAAAAGAACUAGAAGAAGAAUUAAAAGAAGAAGUGAGGAGAAAUGAUGAAGUUUUAGAAGCCAAUGACAGUAUUGUGAAAACGAACGGAUCAUUGGACCUUGUUACAACCUUCGGUACCACCUACCCUGAGAUCAAACCUUUACAAGAACCAAUGCGGUUCCAUGCUGUUCAUGGAGACAACAUUAGUCUGUCGAAGAACAAUUUCCGGGCUCAACGCAAGAAGAAAUCCAACUUUUUUAGUAAAGGCAUUGCGUUUAGUUCUAGACCAGUCGCCGUUGGUGAAAAGGUAUCCUUUCACUUAAGGCAACUCUCAAGUUAUUGGCUCGGCCUUAUCACCAUUGGCUUUACAACUAACGAUCCGAUGUCUAUAGCUGACAAUCUGCCCACCAAUGUCAUUGAUGAACGAGACUGCGCAGAUGGAUUCUGGGCCGAACACUUGGAUAAAAAAUAUUACCAGGAAAGCUGCAGAUUACAUUUUUACUUGAACUCCUCAGGAAACAUGUGCUUUGGAGUUAAUGGUGUCGAUAAGAUUGAAUUUUUUUGGAAUUUAGAAACGACAACACCAGUUUGGGCGUUGAUAGAUGUUUUUGGAUACUUUACAAUAGUGGAGUUUGAUAUACCGAAAGAGUUGCAUAACACAAGUUUCGUAGCAUCCAGUCUCCUUUCAGGUAGAAAUGAAUCUGACUACUCAAUGAGUCAAUAUUUGGAUGAUAACGAGAAAUAUAAGCCUUGUUUGAAUUACCAAAUUCGUUUUGUGCCUUUGAAUUUAUACACACAAGUUGAAGGCACUUGCAUGAAAUUCUUAGAAGACCGAGGUGUUUGCGUAACUUUAGGUAAUAAAGGCGGGUGCAUUGACGGCAAAUUACCGCUCUUUCCCGGACAGACCAUUGUAGUUCAAAAUUUGUCUGUAGGGAAGGCACUCUUUUAUAUUGGGGUAAAAUACGGUAGUCCAACAACUGAGGUAUCUAGUCAAUUACCGGAACCCGUUAAAAGUAAUUUUGUUAUGCACGUAAAAGACGAACUGGCUAUAACGUUCACAGAAACCGGAGAAAUACGAGUCACAAAGAACUUGGAUGUACCAAAAACAAUUCUCAAAGUGAACCGUUCUCAAGAACUUUGGCCGUUUGUACAAAUAUUGAAAAGAAAUCAAAUGAUCAAGAUGUGGAGUAGCAGUACUCCUUUUCUUGCUGCGUUCCAGACAUAA